AUGGGCUCCGUCUCCCCGCAAUGCCAGGACCUUGAGCUCCCUCACGGCGUCAGCUUCAACUUCAUCUUAUCACUUCUCAUCCUCGUCGGAAUCCUCGUAUCCUACCUCCCCCAACAUAUCCGCAUCAUCCAGCUAAAAAGCUCAUUCGGCUUGUCGCCAUACUUUGUCCUCCUCGGCACGACGUCGGGAACUGCCGCAUUCGCGAACAUACUAGUUCUCCCUCGGAGCGCACGCGACGUAGCCUGCUGCCGAGAGAUUUCGGGCGUGUCGUGUUUUGCGGGGUUGUUGGGCAUAUUCCAGGUUGGGGUGCAGUGUUUGUCGUUUUAUGUCAUUCUCCUCCUGUUUUUGAUCUAUUUCCCCCGAGCGACUUCCUUGGUCAAUCCCACAACAUCUGCCGAAACAGAAAAUGAGUCCCAUGGCAAUGAGAAUGUUGAGAACGACGAAAAACAACCGAGCUAUAGCACAGCCGUCAUUGUCUCCAUCACUUGUCUCGCCCACGCAGUGAUAGUACUUAUCGUCUCCCUCGUGGUGGCUAUCAAACAUCCGUCCAAUCUACAAACAUGGGCCAACGUACUAGGAAUCAUGUCCGCUGUUUUAGCAUCCAUUCAAUACUUCCCUCAAAUCUGGACGACGUUCCGCCUGCAAAAGGUCGGUAGUCUGAGUAUCCCUAUGAUGUGUAUCCAGACACCCGGCAGUCUAGUCUGGGCCGCUAGUCUGGCGCAAAGACUGGGUGCCGAGGGCUGGAGUGCGUGGGGGGUAUAUGUGAUUACUGCUUUGUUGCAAGGGACACUUCUCGUGAUGGGCAUCUACUUUGAAUAUCUGGGACAGAAGGAUGUCAUUGAACAUCCGUUUAUGGCUGACGAGACGCCAGCCGCGAAUGCGGAGCAGGAUCAGCAGGCAACGGAGAAUACGCCAUUGUUAUCAGAGCAGCGAUGA